GAUCGGUUUCCGAAGCAAAACAACCAGACAUGUUUCCUUCAACACUAGCGAUUCCUGCGAUCCUUUUGUUGACAUUGAUAUUGGUCCUAUCCACUAAUAUCCUCUUCCCAAAACGACACAAAGAUGGUCAGAACCAACCACAGGGGCCACCGCCCCUCCCAAUCAUUGGUAACCUCCACAUGUUGGGUAAACGACCACACCGUAGCCUUCGAUCGCUGGCCCAAAAAUAUGGUCCCAUCAUGUCGUUGAAGUUGGGACAAGUUCCUGCGAUUGUCGUUUCGUCCCCUGAAGCUGCCGUUCAAUUCCUCAAGACUCAUGACACUGUUUUUGCGACCCGACCCAAAAUACGGGCGGCGGAUCCGUUUUCUAAAGGAGCCAACAAGGGAGUGGUGUUUGCCGAGUAUGGUCCGUACUGGAGACAUGUGAGGAAACUGUGCACCAUUCACCUUCUAAGCGCAUCAAGAGUGGAGAUGUUUGCACCUUUGAGAAAGGAGGAGGUGGGAGUGACGGUGAAGUCCCUAGAGAGAGCCGCGGCGGCGCGUGAGGUUGUUGAUAUUAGUGAGAUGGUGGGGGAGCUUAUAGAGAACAUAAUUUAUCGGAUGGUCCUGGGACGCGCCAAGGACGAUAGGUUUAACCUAAAAGGGCUGAUUAAGGAGGCAAUGAGCUUGGUGGGAGCAUUUAAUCUCGCUGAUUAUGUCCCUUGGCUCGGUGUAUUUGAUCUCCAGGGCUUGACACGAAAGUUAAAGAGAAACAACAAGGCGCUCGAGGAUGUGUUGGAUAAGAUAGUGAUGGAGCAUGAAAACACUUCAAAAGGACAAAAUUUACAACACCAUAACGACUUCAUACACAUAUUGCUUUCCUUGAUGCACCAACCUGUGGAUCUACAGGACGACCAAGACCAUGUGAUAGAUAAAGCCAACAUCAAAGCUAUUUUAUCAGAUAUGGUUGGAGGGGCAACUGACACUUCUAUUGUUGUAAUUGAGUGGGCUUUAUCCGAACUUUUGAGGCAUCCAAGAGUGAUGAAAAAUCUUCAAAAUGAGCUACAAAACGUUGUUGGAAUGACGAGAAUGGUGGAAGAGUCUGAUUUAGCGAAGUUAAGUUAUUUAGAUAUGGUAAUCAAAGAGACUCUUAGACUAUAUCCAGUUGCACCUUUACUUGUCCCUCGAGAGAGUAUGGAGGAUGUUACAAUCAAUGGGUGCUAUAUAAGGAAAAAGACAAGGGUAAUUGUAAAUGUGUGGGCCAUAGGACGUGAUCCUAAGGUUUGGUCUGAAAAUGCGCAUAUGUUCCAUCCUGAGAGAUUUGUUGACAGCAAUAUUGACGUUCGAGGACACGAUUUUCAACUGUUACCAUUUGGCUCAGGUCGCAGAGGUUGUCCUGGCAUGAACUUGGGUAUGACUAGUGUUAAAUUUGUUUUAGCUCAAUUGGUUCAUUGCUUUUCUUGGGAACUUCCUUAUGGUAUGUCUCCCAGUGACUUGGACAUGAAUGAAGAGUUUGGUCUCUCAAUUCCAAGAGCCAAGCAUUUGCUAGCAGUUCCAACUUAUCGUUUACAUACGUAA